UUUAUGUGUGCUGAACACAACCCUUUCCGUAAACGUCAUAUUGGCGGGAAGUAGUAGGAGGUUUGUUAAAUACAGUGUUUACUGUGUGAACUUAGCUAAAGAUAAGAAUAUCGAUUACAUGUAGCUAAAGCUAAGAUGUCUACUUCAUCUGUGUCCAAGGGAUGCUUUGUUUUCAAGCCAAGUGCUAAGAAGAAAAAGACACUCAGUCUGGAGGAUCAUUUCAUCCAUGGCUGUGAAGGGGCUGAGAAAAGCAAAACAAGAUUCCAACUGUGUCAGGAGCUUUGGGAUCAAAUUAAAACGGACACAGAGCUUUUACAGGACGAACUUAACAGGAAGAUCCUGGACAGCUUGCUGGACUUCACGAGGAAGUGCUCUUCCACUCGCCAGCACAGUGACUGGGCAUCACAUAUGAGGGCCAGUGAGAUUCCCACAGCAGCUCUUGUACUAGGUGUGAAUGUCCCGGACCAUGACAUGACCUUCCAAAGUUUGUCUGAACUGCUCCAGCAGUCGGUGACUCCUCAUGUGGCCUCAGUACAGGCCAAAGAGUGCGUAGCAUUGAAGCAUUUAAUGAAGAGGGUCCUGGAGAGGUUAUUAGGCACUGACGUGACUGUGGAUGAUGAUGAUAAUGAGGAAGAGGAGACUGAGCAGACCAGAGCUAAUCUCCACAAGAGCGUGCACUGCUCCCUCAGUACACUCUGUGAUUGGUACACUACAAAAACAAAGAAAUCUGUUACGCCUGGAAAGAAACGUAGCUCUCCGGUCAAAGAUGAUCUGCAGCAGCCUCCGAUUGUUAUUAUAUUCAAAGAUUUGGAGGCUUUCAAUGCAAAAGUUCUUCAGGACUUUAUACUCAUCUGCAGCCGGUACAUUGAACGUCUUCCGCUGAUGUUCAUCUUUGGUAUUGCUACUUCACCCAGCACCAUCCAACACAUGCUGCCCCACUCUGUGUCCUCCCUGCUGUGCAUCGAGCUCUUCCAGUCCCUCUCCUGUACACAGCACCUGGCCACAGUCAUAGACAAGCUGAUCCUGACAACAUGGUUCCCUUUCAAGCUCAACGGCAAAGUGAUGCAGGUGUUGAUCAGCAUUUUCCUCUACCACGAUUUCUCAGUGAGGAACUUCAUCAAGGGUGUUCAGCUGGCCCUGCUGGAGCACUUUCACUCUCAGCCUCUCAGUGUGCUGUGCUGUAGGAAGAAGGAGGCUAUGCUGAAUGUGAUGCAGCUUGGUAAUCAUGACUUGGAGAGGAUCAGACAGCUGCCGUCCUUCAAGAGGUAUGUAGAAAAGCAGGAACCUCAGGAACAAGAGACUCUGCUCAAGGAUGACACUCAUUUGAAGGAGGUGUGCCAGAGGCUGAUAAAAAACCUUCACAAAUACCACAAGAACUAUUAUCCUACCCUGAGGUGUCUCCACACACUGACCUCAUCAUUACCUCGAUACCCCCUUGGGAAACAGAUCAGAGAGCUCCAUUUAAUCUGUUUGGAGAAGAACGUCUGGGAGAAUGAGGAAUACCACACUGCCAUGAAGCUUCUGAAGAUGCUGGCUAAAGAUGAACUGAUCUCUUUGCUAAAGAAGUGUGUGGAGAUUUUGCAGCAUGCCAAGUCAAAGAAAAUAAAGAGAGCUCUUCUCCAGCUGGAGGCCAUGCUCGCCAAAUUCAAGCAGUUGGACACAGUAGCUACCGAACCUCCCCCUCCUGCUGAAGAGAGUAUCAUCUCUCCAGUGAAGAAUCUUCAAAAGAAAACAGAUCUGUUCCAGCUGCAGAAGGCCCUGCUGGAGAUGAAUGAGUCUCGGAGAUCCAAAAAACUGAGCCCAUUCGAGGUGCUGCGAAAUGAAGCUCUCCAAUUUAUCGACGGCUUAGUGCAGAGCCACCUGUCUCCUCCAGAGUCUCAGACACUGAAUGAAGUUUGCUACUACUCUUCUUCGGCCACUGUGAGACGCCACCUGAACGCAGCACCGCGCACCUCCAUUCAGACUGCCCUCAACAGCCCCUUCUAUUAUCUUCAGAAUGACCGCCUAAAGACUGAAGAUGGGACCGUCUCUAAUGCAGCUCCUGAUAUCUGCAUCGUGUACAAACUCCACCUGGAGUGCGGCCGGCUGAUUAACCUCUUCGACUGGCUGGAAGCCUUUUCGACUGUGGUGUCUGCUGCCGAGGGCAACGAUCCAGACUCUGACAGUUUUGGGAAAGUGGAUGAUGUCAAACACGCUCGUUUCAUCAGAGCUGUGUCCGAGCUCGAGUUUCUGGGCUUCAUAAAGUCCACCAAGCAGAAGACUGACCACGUGGCUCGGAUCACCUGGGGAGGCUGCUGACACAACUCUCAAAAACACAAACACAUACACACUUCACCUACAUCUGUGGCUACAGUCUCCAUUCAUUCACACUCUUAUCAAGCUUGAUUUAUAUUUAGUUCUGUAUUUUUUCCUCUAAUAAAGUAUUUGCGAGCAGCGACUGAAAACCAA